AUGGCUCUGGCCAGCGGCGCGUUUUUCUUCGACUGGGCGGUUGGGGCCGCCUCAACUUUAACUGUGUUGGCCGCCGCCGCCGCCGCCGCCGCCUCCUCCUUCUUGGUGCUCCGCAACUGUUGGAAAUGGAAACAGAUGCAGGCCAUUCCGGAGGUCAAACCCUGGUAUCCCAUACUGGGUAACUCUCUGAUCCUGGAAAGGGACGCCGAAGAUUUCUGGAAACAAGUAAUUUACUAUACAGAAGAAUUUCGCUAUGUACCACUGCUAAAACUUUGGGUAGGACCAUUCCCUCAUAUAAUCUUAUAUCACCAAGACACCAUAGAGGUUGUCUUGCGUAGCUCAACAUUUAUUGAGAAGUCCAACCUCUAUCAAUUUCUUCAACCUUGGCUAGGAACAGGACUUCUAACAAGCACUGGGAAAAAAUGGCACUCCAGAAGAAAAAUGUUAACUCCAACUUUCCAUUUCACAAUCUUAGUAGAUUUCUUUGAGGUGAUGAAGGAACAAGCCAAUAUCCUUGUUCAAAACCUCGAACAACACCUGGACAAAGAUCCAUUCAACUGUGCUUUAUACAUUGCAUUAUGCACCCUGGAUAUAAUCUGUGAAACAGCUAUGGGCAAAAAUAUUGGUGCACAAAAGAACAAAAAUUCAGAUUAUGUCAAAGCUGUCCAAAGUAUGAGUGAUCUAAUUCAUCAUAGACAGAAGUCACCAUGGCUUUGGCCCAACUUUUUGUACAAUAUGUCUGGAAAAGGAAAGCAACAUUACAUGAACCUGAAGAUACUUCAUAGCUUUACAGAUAAAAUUAUUGAAGAAAAAGUGUGCAAAAUAAAGCAACAGGAGCAAUAUCAAAAUGGUGCUGCCAGCAGCAAUCACCUAAGAAAGAACAAAGAGAGGAAAGCUUUCCUUGAUAUGCUUCUGAAUGCCAGAGAUGAAGAUGGGAAUAAGUUAAGUGACAUCGAUAUACGAGAGGAAGUGGAUACAUUUAUGUUUGAGGGUCAUGAUACCACCGCUGCUGCCUUGAGCUGGGCUAUUUACUUACUUGCAAGUCAUUCAGAAAUCCAAAGAAAAGUUCACAAUGAACUGGAUGAAGUUUUUGGUGAUUCUGACCAUCACAUUACAAUGGAAGAUCUGAAAAAACUGCGAUAUCUGGAAUGUGUCAUUAAAGAAGCGCUUCGUCUUUUCCCUUCUGUUCCAUUUUUUGCCCGUAUUCUGAAUGAGGAAUGCCAUAUCAGAGGAUAUAAGAUACCAAAAGGGACUGAUGUCAUAAUUCUGCCAUAUGCAUUGCAUAGAGACCCUGACAAUUUCCCAGAUCCAGAGGAAUUCAGACCAGAGCGUUUUUUUCCUGAGAACUCCACUGGACGACACCCAUAUUCUUAUAUCCCUUUUUCUGCUGGGCCCAGGAAUUGCAUUGGUCAACGCUUUGCCCUGCUAGAAGAAAAGACAAUUCUAGCAACCAUAUUGCGACAUUUUUGGAUUGAAACUAAGCAGACAUGUGACGAAGUUGGUAUGGCUGCAAAACUGAUUCUUCGUCCAAGCAAAGGCAUCUGGAUUCAGCUAAAAAAGAGACCAACUCCAAGCUCUUAAUAUAAGAAACUACAGGAGUAGUACAUUGGAUCAUUUCAUCAAUAAAAACUAUGUAUUUUGAUGGAUGGACAAUAAAGAUGACUGACAAUGAAGAAAGUAACUUGCUUUUAGAAAACAAUUACAAUCAAAGAGUUUUGUGAUUGUGGACCAAUGCUCAAAAUAACUAUACCAAAGCAAAAUAAAAUGCAUCAAUCACUAUACAUCACUAUACAUCACUAUAUAUACAUAGGGCUUUAUAAUAGUAUAGUAAUAUAACAAUUAUCAAGGAUGUUAUGCUAAACCUGCUACUGCUAUGUUAGAUCAUUUGUUCUGCUCAUGAAAUUUCUCAUUAAAGGUUCAUGAUUGAAAUUAGAAGUCGUGAGGAAAGCAAAGAGUAGGAAUAAAUUGGAAAUUGCAUUGGGGUGAAAUAAGAAAUGGAGUUCUUCAAGAAUUUCUACUGCAAUCAAGUGUCUUUUAACUUGUUAAUAAAUGAUCUUGAC